UUACCCAGUCCUUACAUACACCGAAUUUAGAAUACGCAUAACGACUUCAUAAAUUCCACUCUGAAUCUUUCAACCCUACCGUUACCUACAAACAUCAGCUAUAGUGGUGCAGCCUUUUCUUGCUUUCCAUAUUCAGCAUGUCUUCAACCAUCCUUGCCGAUCGCGACACCAACCUUCCUCCCACCAAUGCCUCAAUCGACACUAAGAUACAAGAAGCUCAGAAGCCACAGACUAUGGAGUAUCAUCGUCAGGUGUUCGAGAGUCGGCUGAAGAGUGGACAGGCUCAGCAGACUUACGUCUCACCAUCGGAUAACAUGCUUUCUCCUGCCUCACAGAAGCUCAAAGACUUCAAGAGCAGACAUGGUCUCAAGAAGUCCAAGCCGCAGACUCUGUUCGCCAAAACGAGUGCGAAAAAGUUAGAAGCCGCUCGCGACACGCCUAUGUUCGCCGAUCUCAAAGAUGCUGCGAAGCCAAUUGACACUGAGAAGUGAUGGAAUUAUCUACACUGUUUCCAACACCACAAAAUGAUGUGCUGCCUUGGAGUAUGAUAAAAGGUUGAUUGAGCUCCUAUUAUCCCGCGAGCCAUACAUAGGAACAAUAAAAUGCGAGGGAUCGGCGUUGCACGGGUUCGGUAUAGGUUUGGUCCUCAUGAUGUACCAUAGACAACCAUGAAUACUGUUGGUGGACACGUAGGGUCGUUAACGAAAUUCUGCAUUAGACAUAAGACUACAGACUGCUGAGACGCAACAACAUAUAUUCAAGAGUCUGGUUACAUCAUUGAA